UUACAUUGUAAUUUUAUUAUUUCAUAUGUUUGCUUUCUCUUUAGGUCAUCACUAUUAUACGGGGAAAAAUUCAGAAGCCGAACCCCAGAUUUAUCAAGCCAAGUGAAAAUAUUUCUGCAUUUGAGUUGACAGUUCUCCCGUCAACUGAAGUCGAAAUUGAGAAAACAAAAUUUGAGGAUGCGAUCAAUGUCUUGGAUAUUCCAACAGUAAAAUUAGUAGAUGCUAUCAACACUAAUGGACCAAUGUGCCAGUAAAACGUCAAAUUAUCCUAUCGUGACUGCGUGUGUUAAACAACCCUUCAGACUCAUAACUUCAUACAGUGCAAGCUACGAUGGUGGAGUUGCAGUAGAUGGGGAGUACAGACUGCGUGUAAAAAGUGCUAAGUAUGAUUCAGAAGUUAGUUAUUCCAAAGGGCAUUUUAUAAGUUUUCGCUGCGAAUCUUUCUUUGACUAUCAUGGCAUUCCGGGAUUAUCAAUUCGUAGCACAGAAGACAUUGAAUACCUUGAUUCUCCAGCACCGAUUACCGAAGAAGUACUUCGUGAUACGGGCUUCACAACACCUAAAUGUAAACUUGAAGAAAGUUCUGAGGAAAAUACCAAGAAACAAAUCCCUCUUGAUGAGUAAACCUUUGUUUUUUGUAAUGAUUUUAUCGUUCGAUAGUGAUCGUGAGUCACAUUGGAUGAAAUCGUAUUCAUUUAUUAUUUCUCAAGGUAUUUUUCCACCGCAAAGUAAUAUCACAGCUAUGUUAUAGUAUUUUUAUUAUUUGGUAUCUAUCUCUUUUUGUCUUAUUUAAAUUAUUUUUAUUUUUCAAGUCGAUGUGAACACAUAGUGUGUUUCCAUUAUUGACUUACAAUAUUUUUUAAAAUAACAUUAACCGUGAUACUUACUUUUAACCUCAUUGACUAAAAAUGAAUCAAUGGUUGUGAUUAGAAACUUAGUUUAGACUUUAAUAUAAUAUGACCUGACUAGAUAAUAAAUAUAAAUUAAAAAACUAAUUUAUGUGAUACAAUUCAAUAGGCUAAAUGUGCAUUUAUAAGCGGUUAAUGUUUUUAAUAUUACG